AUGACCCACCCACGCAGUCUCGAAGAGUACGAAGGCUACUUUCCCCGCUUCCUUCCCAUCAGCCUCAUGCGCGAGUUCCAUCGCCAGGCCCUCGAAUCGUAUCAACCUCCACUCAUCCAUGACCCGCCACCCGACUCAAUCCUAGACGAUCUCGUGUCCGAAGACCUUGCGCAGCAGGCCGCAACUUGGUGCUCCGAGCGCGUCCCCUUGUGGGUCCCAUUCACCCCACCCCUCAUGGAGCUGCGACGUUUGCGGCAGAGUGUGGGAGGAGCAUCGGCCUCACUGCUCUACCUCGAGGCCGUCCAGUACCUUGCUUCGGCAGAGUUUAAUGUGAUUCCUCACUCACUAUCCGAUCCCCUCUACACACUCGUGCGGUCAUGCCGCGCCGACCUCUUCCUCAAACCAACCGACGUCCACGCACCACAGGUUCUUCUCUUUGCGGCGACCUUUGUGGGGCUGAACGAGUCUUGGUCCGACAGUCUCAACCCUCCGGCAGGCGAAAUGGCGGCUUUAGCCCUCCGGUCCUCCAAGGCGGUUGGCUUGCAGGGACGAAUCACACGCGUCCUGGCCGCCACGCACGUCGCAGUGGGCUACCUCGGCGAGGAUCAACACUACUUUGCCAAGUAUUCGUCGCUCGAGUUGCCGACGAUGGCAGAGUUGGUGGCGCUCCAGGCGCAGGUGGAAAACGCCAAAUUGACACCGGCCCAGCAGACGGGGUGCCUGGCAGUCAUCCUUCGCUGCCGACUGUGGGUUCUCUUUACUCGCUGCAUCACCCAGUGCGCCGAGUCGGAGCACCAGGAAGAGCAUAUCCGCCUCGCGUCCGUCGACGAUGCACGGGCAAAGUGGACGAAGGCUUGCUUGGCGCUCGACGCGGAACGCACAUCACUCCUCGACCUUUGCCCGUCGAUCCUUGCAUGGCUCGAGCUGGAGCAUGCGGCGCUCGAUCAAGUGUUAUCCGGUGUGGCACUACAACUCUCCCUCGGAUGGGGCUUCUCGCCGCAGUUCUUCCACGACGUAAUCAAGAAGACGGCUGGGUCAGUCCAUCUCCAGGCUUUCAUUCAAAUCCAUGGACCGUCGUUAGCAGAGACGGCCGAGUGCGUGCUCGCCUCGACCUCCAACCUUCUCCGCGACGAGCUCUACCCGACCGCGCUGACGUGCACCUAUGGUGUGCGAGCGUUCGUCACGGGCCUUGAGGUGCACGCAGGCUGCUUCAAGUUGUGGGGCAUUCCACCUCCGCGUGAGGUUGUGUGGAAGUCGGUCAUGCGCGGUGCGGCAGACACGAUCCGCCUUCUCAAGGGAGGGGGGAUGGUCGUGCGUAUCUCUAACGCUGUCGCAGCGGCGGCGCGUGAAACGAUCCCGCGGUGGAAGGCACAGGUUGUGAGCCGGCCCCAUCAGCCGUCCGGGCCGCAGCGGCCGACGCUCAACGCGACAUCGGAGAUAAAGCCGGAUCUGGCGGCGUACGGCUCAGGUGGGAUCAAUGGAGAUGGUCCGGGUGACCAUGCCAUGGUGUCGUCGUUUGCGGAGUGGAUCGCGGGCAUUGAUUGGAACCAGCUCAGUUCGGAGGCUGUUACGCCUAUGUCGUUUGGCAGCGGGGCCAGCACGUCGGGAUACUAA